UCUAUUAGUUUGUCCAAUGUUCCACUUAUCAUCAAGUAGCACGUCACAUUACUCGUCAUCAUCUGCUUAUCAAUUAUCAAAUCAUCAAACUUACGACUCAUCAAUAAGUGCACAAACGAUUUCAACUCUACUAUCUCAUUCGUCCUCAAGAUGUUGAGACAUGCAUUGAUUUUGUCCUUGUUUUGUGGAACCGCUUUUGGUGCCACGUGUGAGCUGAUCGCUCCUUUAGAUGGAGCCACUGGUCCAGAAUUUGGCUUCAUCUUCACCCCAGGAGCUCAAGUUCCGGGUGAGAAGUACAAGCUACUAGCCGAAGCCUAUCAACGAAACUUUCCCGGACGGUUAUGGGUGGGUCUGACCGAAAAUUAUUUUGCCGAUUUCCCCAACCCUCUUGAAAUCGGCGAGGUCAUCAACCAAUGUCGAGAUGAUGCAGAAGCUGCCGGAUAUGAUCUCACCCACGUGUUCAACGGAGGCCAUAGCUUAGGGGGAGUGGUCCUAGAGGCCUACAUGAUGAACCAUGCCGAACUGACCUCGGGCUUGAUCUUAUAUGGAAGUUACCUCCCGGAUUUGACCGACUCUUCCACCAAUGUUUAUCCAGUUCCAGUUUUGACUGCCAUUGGAACACUGGAUGCCGGAGUGGUGUCCUAUGCCCUCAGGGAGGCCAAAGAAUCCGCCCUAGCUGAGGAGACCAAUCCUGGUUGGUAUCCUGUCUUCAUGGUGGAUCGGGUGAAUCAUGGCCAAGUCUUUGACGGCGGGGAAGGUGCGUUUGCUGACAUUGCUGCCGAGAUUCCUCUGGAUGAGGCCCACAAUAGGUAUUCGGGUGCGGGUGUGGCCUUCAUGGUGACCCAGUAUCCUGAUGUUUUUGAUAGCUCCGAGGUGAGUGCUCAACAGGCCAAAGUUGAAGAGCUGCAGGCCUUCACCGAUGAAUUCCUUGCUCCAUUUGAAGUUAUGCUGAAUCUGGAAGAGAGCCCUGAUGGAACCGAGUCUCCAUGGGUUGCUUACGCUCAAAAGGCUAUGCUGAAUUUGACCCCUGAAGAAGCAGAGGACAUCUCGCUGACUGUCACGAACGACCUCGUAGCAUUUGGUGAUUUAGGUUCCGAAAAGCCCACUUUGGAGGUGUCCGAUUGCUCCGUGAAUAUCGUGACCAUCUCUCAUCCCGAGUAUGAUCUUGACCCCGUGGAUGCUGGAGCCAAGACAUCGGCUCGUGUGAUCAAAGGUAAAUUGAAGUUGGAGGAUACCGUCCUGGAGAGUGCUUGUCUGCCCCCGAGGCCUAGAAAGCAAUGCAAGGAUAUCAACGAAGAAGCCUUUCAAAAAGCAUGGGAGGUGACUUCAGAAGAGGCGAAGACACGUUUUACGAACAGUGGAAAAUCAUUGGUCUUCGUGGAUGACCAAGUUUCUCCUUGGGGACCAGGUUGGGAAUUCAGUGGUGGACUGACUUACACAGAGGUGUCGGACACUGUGACUGAAUUGGAAGCCACUUCUCUGAUUUCUGAAGAUGCCCCUUUGCCUUCUUUCGCCUUCAUGCACUACUGUGACUUCCUAUCUCCUCUACGGGCAUUGGAAUGGAUCUAUCUUAUCAGCCAAAGCCGUUGACAUGAAAUACACUCGACUGUGUAGUUGAA